UUUUUAACAUAUGGUUUUAAUUUUGUAUGAACAAAAACAAUGUAAGAACAUGUCAUAAUCCACUUGAUUUGAGACAAAUUUUCAAACCAAACAACAACAUUGAGAGAGGUGAAAAAUGAGCCAAGCAUUAACAACAAUUUCUAGCUUAAUCACAAGAACAUCAUCAUUAACAGUCUCUAAGCCUAACAAAACUCCUACACCAUGUUUGGAUGUUCGUAUGAUUUCAUUGCCUCCUAAAAUUAGUGUCUCAGUUGAAGCACCAACUGGUCUCUCUCCUGUUCCACGCAGGAAUGCAAUAGUAUUGGGGAUUGCAGUGGGAAUAGCAGGUGCAUUUUGGGGCUUAAAUGUUUGUGAGAAUGCAUGGGCUGCAGCAAGAAGACCACCACCACAACAAGUUGAAAAAGAGAAAAAGGAUCCAAAUGUAAGUGGAGUCCUUGCCAAAGUUCUAGCAAGUAAAAAGAGGAAGGAAGCCAUGAAACAACAAAUGGCCAUGCAAAGAGAAAGAGGGAAGAAAGUUGAUGAUUCUUCUACUUCAUCCCCUCCCUCUCAAGAAUCUUCACCUUCUUAAGUUUUGUAUCUAUUAUUUGUAAACAUACUUGAUUGAUUAGCUAUAUUAUACUCUAAUAAUCCUUAAUUCAUUCUUUUUUUUAACUA